AUGUUAAAAAGAGCUGUAUUUGGUCUUUUGGGGCCCCCGGGGGCCCCAGCGAGGCCCCCAAGCAGCAUAAGGCGUGCAUCAGCAGCAGCAGCAGCAGCAGCAGCAGCAGCAGCAUCUUCCUCUGACGAAGACGUCAAGAGAGAACAAAGCAGCAGCAAUAAAAGAUUAAAAUUAAAGAGAGAUAAAAGAGCAGAAAAAAGAACAAAAAGAAUUAAAGAUGAUGAUGAAUUAUCCUCUUCUUCAUCUCCUACAGAAGAAGAAGACGAAGAAGACUCAGACAGCGAGAGCAAUACGAACAGCAGCAGCAGCAGCAGCAGCAGCAGCAGCAGCAGCAGCAGCAAACCAUCACCACUUUCAGACCCCAGAAUAAGAAGAGCCCUUAUACGCCGUGCAGCAGCACUUUAUGCUCAAGACGCUCGCAGCUUUGUAAAGGCAAUGGAGAGACAUGAAGAAACAACACAGACAAAAACAAAAAAAGAUAAAGAAGAAGAAGAAGUAGAAGAAGAUGAUGAUGAUGAUGUAAUGAAGGCUCUUGAUCUCCCUAGCGAAGAUUCAUCUGCUUCUGAAGAUGAGUUUAAAAUAAACAAACAAAAACAAAAACAAAAACAAAAACAAAAACAAAAAACAAAGAAACAAAACGACAAUGAAAUAAAAAGAAUCAAACAAAAUACACAAGAUAAAGAAGAAGAGACAGAUAGUGAAGAAGAAGAAGAAGAAGAAGAAGAAGAAGAAGAAGAAGAAGAAGAAGAACAAGAACAAGAACAAGAACAAGAACAAAAAGAACAAGAAGAAGAACAAGAAGAAGAACAAGAAGAAGAACAAGAAGAAGAACAAGAAGAAGAAGAAGAAGAAAGGACGAAAUUUACAAGAGGAAAAUAUCACUGUCUUUUAUGCCCAAACAAAAUAUUUAUUUUUGAAGCAGAUCUCGAAAAACAUCUUCAGUCGAAGGUGCCUAUACACCUCAACAACUUUUAG